AUGGCAAUUCACAGCUUUGACCUAGUGGUUAAGAACAAUCGAGGCGAGCCUGGAGACGGCCUAGAUUCGGUUGAACGAGGUGAUAGUCUACAUACAAUGCAUGAAACACAAUCUGAGAGGACAUGGAUAGGAUCGAUGCUGAAUAAAGUGCAGCUUUCAGAGGCCUUCCCCUGUUGUAAACACAUCACUAUCUGUAGACCACUAGCCCUGAUCAGAAGGCGGCCGCAGUCAUGGCCUGCCGCCAUCAAGGCUAUUCCCAACUGCUUCUCGAAUGCAACAUAUCUGAAUAGGGGAAAGCUUGCGGUUCCGUUCCUGGUGCCCGCUUGCCCGCCGCCCAUUCUGUGCGGUUUAUCGAGAUUGAAAAUGGUGGUUCUUUCAGGUUUCACCUGCAUCAACAACCUCAUGAGGAUGGAGAAAUGA